AUGGUGAUUGCACCACCACGCAGGAACCUCCGGCUGGACUCGGACAUGCGUGCGCCAUGGACAGUGCCAUUCCCUGUGCAUCCUACCUCUGCUUCUCUCGCCUCGAGCAAUCGGUCGUCGUCGAUUCUCCCGUUUCCCGAGGACAGGUUCAUCGCACUCGGGGCUAUCGAAAACCACGCGCUGGACGCAGCACACGAUGGAGCGGAAGUGCUGCUGACAACCAUCGCAAAGCCCUUGCACGAGAACGCGUGGCGACGACUCGAAUGCCUCCGAGACAUCAAGCACCCACAUGUUCAAUCGGUUGUUGGGAUGUUUGACAAGAACAACUUGACAGUGUGCGUGGUGCAGACCGUGCAAUCCGCCGCGUCGACUGCGCAACCUCUGCUACAGGAAGUCAUGUACCUACACGGAUACACCGAAGCCCAGCUGCGACGUCGGGCCGUCGGUCUCCUCAACGCCUUGCAUGCCCUUCAUGCCAAGGGAAUAGUCCACGGCAACCUGACCCUCGGCAAUCUCUUUGUUCACCCACACGAACACCUCGUGCUUCACGUGCCAGUGCAGCUCGAUCCAUGGCGCAUCACGUCCGUCCCCGCCACUUCCGAGGACAAAUCCCACGACAUCUUCAGUUUUGGGAUCGUGCUGUACGUGCUCGCAUGUGGCCGCCAUCCGUUCGCGACGGCGGUGACGUCUCCCAUGGCGGAAAUCCUAUGCAACAUGGACACACCGUCGUUCGCCAUCGACCGGACCGCCCUUCUCCACCUCUCGUCCAGCGCCCAGCACGUCAUUCUCGAUUGCCUUACCACUCCUCGUGCAUUGACGACUGCGGACCUCCGGCACCGCCAGUGGUUGUGCAUGGCGAUGGCUAAUUCGCCACCUGCAUCUGCAGCCCCUCCUCCGUCCAAGCUGCUGGCCUUUGCGCCGCCAGUCCAGCCCACUACUGAGACGUACGUCAUGGUGCCGCCGCGAGCCCACCGCUCUGCAUCCCGUGCGAAAACCACACACCUGGCCCCAAAAGUCGCCAGAGCUGCCGACGAUAGCGACGACUCGACUCCUACGUCCGGCUACAGCACAUUUGGUCACUAUAGCGCCCUGCCGCCGUCUCUGUACGCUCCAUUUCCAUACGCAGCGCUGUCGCCGAUCCAGUUCCAGGGACAUCCGCAUGCUUCGUUUGGACGAGACAUCGCCCGGUCGAUCGAGGCCUUUCCGUCCCCCGCCAUGGCGUCGCUCUUGCCGACCCACCACUGCCACACGGUGGACUCGAUCGGCCACACCCAUGCCCCGGCCGCCUCCAGCCCCGUCAAGACCAGGGAUCGGUCAGCGUCGUUAACUAGCCAAACCACAGGACCCCGUGGGAGGAUGCGCCAUCAUGUUUCGUCGAUGCCACACCUGCACUCGACUCGCGCAGUCAAGUUCAGCGCGUAUGGUCCGCCCGCUUUGACGAACGCCACGUGCCGCGUGUUCAUCUGGGCAUAUCUACCUCACCAAGCCGACGACGUCCGCGAACUGGCGGCGGCGCAACAUGCCAUGGAAACGGGGCGGUUGUCGAGAGGCCUCCAAGUGGAGUUUCGAGCCAUGAUUACGAUCCGUUUGGAGCCUCCGGUCGGGUGGAAGUGCAUCGGGGAGCUGUCCAAGUCGCUGCACUGGCUCGGCGACAUGGAGCGGGUGUUUUUUGACGUCGAGUUGGACCCGGACGCGACGGAAUGGUCGGCGCUGUGCCGCGCCCGCAUUGUCGUCGGGACUCACGUCGCGAUUCUUCAUUUCUCGCUGCCAGCAUCCAUGGUCGGCCGACAGCGCCACCGUGGCAUGGACGACGACGCCGCCGACGUCGAGUACCCGAGCUCGUUCGAAGAACUUGCGCCGCCCGUCGAGUCGGUCGUGAUUCCGCGCCACGACUUGGUCUUUCAAGAACCUGUCGGGUCGGGCUUCUUUGGCACAGCGUACAAGGCAUUGUACCUGCCGACAAACCAGCAGGUCGUGGUGAAAACGCUGCGGGAGGACGUCGGCGUGUCCAAGGCCGAAUUCGAGCACGAAGUGCGUGCGCUGACAAUGUUGAGCCACCACCCGCACAUCGUCGACUUCGUCGGGGCCUGCGACGACGGCGUCGACCUGUCGAUCGUGAUGGAGUUUGUGGCAAACGGGAGCUUGGAAGGUUUCGUCUACAACACCGCGCCCAAACGCCACGAAUUCUCGACGUUUAUGAAGACGCUGCUUGCGCGCGAUGCCGCCCAUGGGAUCUUGAACAUCCACCAAGGCCAUUUCGUCCACCGAGACAUUGCGGCGCGAAAUUGUUUGGUCGACGACACUUUCCAUGUGAAAGUGUGCGAUUUUGGAUUGUCGCGGCCGAUGGACCGCGUCAUGGUACGCUAGACGUUAAAGGAAGAUGCGUGGGCAUCGAUCGCGGUGCCGUGGCGCGUGCGUGCCGUCACCUUGCAUGCACUGAAAAAUGCGCCAUGCUUGAACGGAUGGUGUGUUUAGGGCCAUGUGCUUGACCGAGACUCGGCGGGACCGCUCAAAUGGAUGGCUCCUGAGAGCUUAGAGCUGCCGCACGUGUUCUCGACGGCGACCGAUACGUACAUGUUUGGUGUGCUGCUCUUUGAAAUCAUGAUGGGAACGGAACCGUUCCCCGACUUGCCGCCCCACGAAGCCGCCGCGCUGGUCCUAGAAGGUACCAGAUCCACCUAGCGUUUCAACUGAACGCCAAGCGGACCACUAGGCCAUCGACUGUCCUUCGACGAGUGGCAAGAGUGUCCUGCGAUGCACCACGACCUGCUCGAGCAGUGCUUUCGAGUCGACCCCCUUGAAAGACCAUGUAUGGGCCAAAUCGCGGCCGCUCUAGAUGACUGGCUCACGCAUCAAGGCUGAGCCGUCGUGCCUGCAUGCGAUGGCCCGACUCGAUCGGGACGGCGCCAAUGGGACUCGGCGGGUGUUCUUACUUUUUUGCUGCAGCUGUAACGCGCAGCAACUUUCUUUACACGUCAAUCCGCCCCGUGGAUUGGCUAAAAUUCCAUCUUUUUCUACACGUGGAACUGGCCCUUUUUAGUUUACGCGUUUUGAUUGGUGAUAUUAACUCGGAUUUACACCAAUAAGAAUUU